UCAGGAAAUUGAAACUAACCCUGAUCCACUGCCCAGAGGGAGCCAUGGCUGCAGAGAACCCCGUGGAAAGUCUCCAGGAGGAAGCGACAUGUCCCAUCUGUCUGGAGUAUUUCACAGAACCUGUCAGUGUGGAGUGUGGGCACAAUUUCUGCCGAGCCUGCAUCAGCCAGUGCUGGGAGGGAUCCGAUACAGCCGCCUCCUGCCCUCAGUGCAGAGAAACUGUGCAACAGAGAAACCUCAGGCCCAACAGGCAGCUGGCAAAUGUUGUAGAAAUCGCCAAACGGUUGAGUUUACAGGCAGCAAAGGGAGCAGGGGGAGACAGGGUGUGUGAGAGACACCAGGAGGCUCUGAAACUGUUCUGUGAAGAGGAUCAAACCCCCAUCUGUGUGGUGUGUGACAGAUCUCGGGUUCACCGCGCUCACACGGUGGUUCCCAUUGAGGAGGCUGCCCAGGAGUACAAGGAAAGAAUCCAGGCCCAUUUGAAAACUCUGAGGAAAGAGAGAGAAAAGCUGCUGGGAUUGAAAGCGACUGGAGAGAGGAAUUGCCGGGAAUAUCUGAAACAAACACAAACUGAGAGGCAGAAGAUUGUGACUGAAUUUCAGCAACUGCGGCAGUUCCUGGAGGAACAAGAGCGACUCCUGCUGGCCCAGCUGGAGAAGCUGGAUGAGGAGAUUGUGAGGAUCCAGAAUGAAAAUGUCAGUAAACUCUCCGAGCAGAUUUCCCAUCUCAGUGAGCUGAUCAGUGAGCUGGAGGGGAAGUGUCAGAAGCCAGCGAGUGAAUUCCUGCAGGAUGUCAGAACCACCUUGAGCAGGUGUGAGAAGGGGAAGUUGAAGCAGCCAGAGGAUAUUUAUCCUGAACUGGAAAAGCGAGUCAGUGGUUUCUCCCAGAAAACUACUGGACUAUCGGAGACUCUGGAGAAGUUCAAAGACACUCUGCCAUCUGAACUGGAGAGAAAAAGGGGAGAAUCAUUUGGAGCACACAGACAGGUGAAUGUGACUCUGGAUCCAGACACGGCUCAUCCCAACCUCAUCCUGUCUGAGGAUCAGAAAAGUGUGAGAUGGGGAGACACGCAGCAGCGACUGCCCAACAACCCUGAAAGAUUUGACACUUGGCUCUGUGUGCUGGGCUGUGAGGGAUUCACCUCAGGGAGACAUUGCUGGGAGGUGGAGAUAGGGGUGAUGGUGGGGGCUGGGCAAUACUGGGCUGUGGGGGUGGCCAGAGAGUGUGUGAGGAGGAAGGGACGGAUCAGCCGUAGCCCUGAGGGGGGGAUCUGGGCUGUAGAGCAGUGGGAGGGUCAGUUCCGGGCUCUCACCUCCCCUGCGACCCCCCUGCCCCUGAGCCGGGCCCCCAGCAGGAUCCGGGUUUGUCUGGACUGUGACCGGGGGCAGGUGACAUUUAUCGAUGCUGGUGAUGAGGCCCCGAUCUUCACUUUCCCGCCGGGCUCCAUCCCUGGGGGCAGAAUCCGACCCUGGUUCUGGGUGGGGGGAUCCCGGCUCAGCCUGUGUCCCUGA